UGGACAAGAGGAACCACACACCUCUCCCAACUGACUAUAAUAUCUCAUCCUGCUCAUUCAAAUGGCUACAUCCCAAACCGAGAUCAAACGCUCUGAUUUCCCCAAGGAUUUUAUAUUUGGUGGUGCAACAUCGGCAUAUCAGGUAGAAGGUGCUUGGAAUGUAGAUGGUAAAGGCCCGAGUAAUUGGGAUGAUAUGACAGAAAAGCAUCCUGAUAGCAUUGCGGAUCGUUCAAGUGGACAAGUGGCAAUCGAUCACUAUAACAAGUUCAAGGACGAUGUGGCUUUGAUGAAGGAAGUUGGUUUGGAUUCUUAUAGAUUUUCAAUUUCAUGGUCCAGAAUCUUACCAGGUGGUAGACUAUGCGAUGACAUAAGCGAAGAAGGAAUCCAAUUCUAUAACAAUCUUAUAGACGAACUUGUGAAAGAAGGCAUUAAGCCCUGUGCAACUCUCUUCCAUUGGGACGUUCCCCAAAAAUUGGAAGAUAUAUAUGGCGGCUUCUUAGAUCAUCAAAUUGUGGAACAUUUUUGUGAGUUCGCCGAAAUAUGCUUUUCGAAAUUUGGUAAUCGAGUGAAACAUUGGGUCACGCUUAAUGAGCCAUGGUCCUUUACUUUUUAUGGAUAUGUGCAUCCAAGGUUUCCCCCUCGUCGAGGUUAUCCUCUUGGAGCAUUGGCAUUGGAUCACACUCGAGAAUCAUUGGAACGAAUGUGUCGUUCCUCGAUCCUUAGGCAUAGAAGCAGCAUCAAUGUUCCUCUGUUUCCUUCAUCAAGAGGAUAUAUGGCCAGAGAUCCGAUCAGUGAACUAGUUGAUAGCGCAUACAAUUUGGACAACGUUCCUUCCUCUGAACGAAAUGCAGCGAGAAAAGUAAUUGCUGAGGCACUCAAUGUGCCUUACACUGCAUCCUUUGAAGAUAGUACUUCCUCUGAAGGAGAUUCAGUCAGAGAGGAAGUAGUUUCUUUCUCGAAAGGAGAUCGGGUCAUUCUAACUUCUAAGACACAAUCCCCUCAAGUUCUGGACUCGAAAGGAGAUCCGGGAACAGAACCAUAUAUAGUGGCACACAAUUUGAUCCUUGCUCAUGCACGUGCGGUUAAUAUAUACCGGAAAAAAUAUCAGGGAAGCCAAGAAGGCAAAAUAGGGAUGACAAACGUUUCAAUGUGGUAUUAUCCUUUUAAGGAAGAAAGCAAAGAGGAUGUCGAGGCUGCUUCGAGAGCACUUGAUUUUUUGUUAGGAUGGUUUGUAGCCCCUGUAAUAACAGGUGAUUAUCCACCAUCCAUGAGAAUCAAUGUAGGAGAACGUCUUCCCAAGUUUAAACGAGAUGAGGUUGCACUAGUGAAAGGUUCCUGUGACUUCUUAGGCAUAAAUUAUUACACGGCUCGUUAUGCCCAAAAUGUACCUCGAGAUUCUUCAAAAACACAUUUUGAGAAUGAUCUGCAUGUUGAUGAGAGGACUCAUGAUCGCUAUGGCAAGCCGAUUGGUGAUAAGGGUGGUUCGUCAUGGUUGUACAUAGUUCCAGAGGGAAUUUACAAGAUAAUGCUUUAUAUAAAGACACAUUAUAAUUCUGAGAUUUUCAUUACAGAGAAUGGGCUGGAUGAAUUGAAAAACGAUGAACUAACAAUUCCAGAGGCUGUUAAAGAUGAAAAAAGGGUUAAGUAUCACAAGGACCAUCUUAACCAACUUAGAAAGGCAAUAGAGGAUGGUGUACGCUUGAAAGGUUACUUCAAAUGGUCAUUUUUUGAUAAUUUUGAAUGGACACAAGGGUACAAUGUUAGAUUUGGAGUUCAUUAUGUAAACUUCAAGAACGAGAAAGAAUUGGAAAGACACCCUAAAAAUUCAGCUAAGUGGUGGAAGGAUUUCCUGAAAAACUAAAAGGACUCCAUGGCUACAGGAUGUCAAAACUCAAGAAAAACGAACAGUUCUGCAAAAAGGCCAAAAAGAAACAAUGUUUAAAUUAACAAUUACUGCUUACUUUAAUUAAUUUAAAAAUGUUGUGUUGAAUAAUGCAAGCAUGGAUGCAUGCUUGACGUAUCUUUAGUUUCGUCCUUUAUUCUCUUGUCAGCAAAGAAAUAAAGUAAUGCUGUAACUUUUAGUCAAUAUAGUCAAAUAAAUGGACCCCUUCGAGGUUCCAAGUGUAAUCUCGUGUUUCUGCAAUAAUGGGCAUUGAACUUUCACAUUUGGUUA